AUGACGCAAGCCCUGACAAGCCAAUUUUUGCGCAUGCUCAUGUUGAGCCACAGAGCUGCCAGAGAAAAAGUACAAGAGACAAAGGAAUAAACAAGGUGUGGAGGCGAUAACAUCAACUUUGAGCAACGAAAGCAGCCCAGACUCUAAACAAUCGCAUGUAGGCAGAGGUUUUCUCUGCAUGACAGCAGUUCUCACGGUGUUGUGACUACUAUGGCAGUUGUCUACCCUUCCAGGAUUCUGCACUGCUGACCCAUUUACUCCCAGUCAGCUGUACAAGUCAAGCUACAAGCCUUUUCCUCCCUGAUGUCACCCAAAAUGGAAAGAACUGCUUUGCCCUAGUGGUUGCAAUGGUGCUUAGCAUGUCUUCAUGCAAUAACAAUAUGAAGAACACAGAAAGAGGAUUCAAUCAAAUUCUCAGCUUCUAAAAAGAUACUACAGUUUCACAGACCACAUUUGCUUUCCUUAUUUCCUUUUUGAUUCACUUUUAAAUAAAAAGGUGCCCUGGCUAACCUUUUAUCCCAGUAGCUACUUCCCCUCCCCUUGCCACUCAUCCCAAGCAGCUGAGAGGUUGCUGUGGAGAUGAUAGUGGUGACAUAGCAGCAGCAGCAGGAAUGGGGAGUACUCCAUAUUCUGGUAAGGGGAGGGGGGUAGGGGGUUUUCAAGAUUUUGGCUGUAUGCCAUGGAAGGUCAGCAAGCAGAAAGGAGAAGCUGGUGGUGGACGUGGGUCUGAGCUGGAGGAGAGACCGAAUGCUGGAACACCUCCCACCUCCUCACAACCUCCUGUUAUCUAUCAUGAAAAGCAGCAUCGAGAACUGUGCGCUCUGCAUGCCCUAAACAAUGUCUUCCAGGAUGGAGCAGCUUUCAGUAGGGAUGCACUUCAGGACAUAUACCAGAGGCUCUCCCCAAGCACUUUGGUCACACCCCACAAGAAAAACAUGCUGGGUAAUGGCAACUAUGAUGUGAAUGUCAUCAUGGCUGCAUUGCAGACUCGUGGAUUUGAGGCUGUUUGGUGGGACAAGAGAAGGGAUGUUGGUAGCAUUGCACUGCCGAAUAUCACAGGUUUCAUCUUGAAUAUGCCAUCGAAUCUGCGCUGGGGGCCGCUGCGACUUCCACUCAAGCGCCAGCACUGGAUUGGGGUUCGAGAGGUGGGAGGAGUCUACUAUAACUUGGACUCAAAACUGCGCAGUCCACAUGCUAUUGGAACAGCCGAUGAACUUAGGAAGUUCUUGCAUCACCAGCUUCGAGGGAAGAACUGUGAACUCCUAUUGGUUGUGCCGGAAGAGGUGGAAGUCCACCAGACAUGGAGAAACAUUUAGGCUUGCUGAAUCAUGGACUACUUGUAAGAACAUAGCAGGAACAGGUGAGCAUUGAUAGAAAAAAAAAAAAAAGUUAAACUGCCAAAAACUCUGUACUUUAAAACAAGAGUUGUUCAACUCAAAGCUGAAAAUAUUUUUUACAUAGAAAAUGUAGUGAGAAGAAAAUCAAGUUGAAAUAAGAGAUUGAAAAGUUGAGAGGAUAGUUUCCUUCAUUUCGAUAAUCUAGGCUUUUGCCGUGGAUUAUCCUUCAUAAAUUGUGAUUGAUAUAUGAUUAACAUGGCCUUAAACUGUUUACAGAGGGAGCAGAGUACACAUUCAAAGGGAAGUCUAUUAAUGCAUCUCAGGCAGAUCCAACUUCAAUUGAAUUCACACUUGGACACCAAUCUUCAGUCUUCACAUGGUGUAAAACACUGCUUCACAUGUAAAGAUUGCAAAAUUGUUAUUAAUACUCUAAUCAGAUACUACAAUUUAAAAAGAACAUUCCAAAUUUCCAUACACAGGGUGCUUUGUAAAACUGUAGAGAUGAAUAGGUUCCUUUGCCAUGACAAUCUAAAUCCCCAGUGCCCCCCACCACCCUUUAAGGGGAUAGGCACAACAUGUGCUCAUGCCAUAUUUUUCCAUUCAUAUAAAAUGCAUAUGAUUGCACUUUAUGUAUGAUGUAAAAUGUGCUGUGACAUUAAAAUUGUCUUUGUAUGUA